UGAAAUUUUCGUCAUUGUUGCUGGCUACACGCUGCUUCAUUCACGUCAGUUUUCUUUUCAGGAAACACAUGGAUGGCUGGCGGUAAUAGAAAUAAUAAGAAUUUUAUUGCAUAAUUGGUGCAGUGCAUGGGCAAAAAUAAUCGAUUAAAAGUGAUCCACGUAGCCUAUUGGUUUGGAAGCUGCCUGGGAAGUUUCACCGCAGCUCCAAGUGUGGAAAGUCAGAACCAAUGGAAGACGAAACGGUAGGUGGCGACUCUCUCUUGCGGAAACUGAAACCCAAACUGAUCGAUAUCUUGACUGCAGACCCUGACCUGGUUCUACAACACACCGACUCUAUCGGUUUACUUACAAGGCGAGAAUAUGCAGACGUCAAGUCUAUCCCUAAACCGUCAGAUGAGGUGCGUGACCUUUUGGAUUAUGUUAUCCAAAAGGGGAGUUCCACAUCACUGCGCUUUCUAAGUCUCCUCCAGGAAAAAGAAAUGCAAGAAACUUUUCCAAGACUGGGAUCCCUGAAAUGGAAUGGAGAUGGAGAACUAUACCAAAAUGAAAAAAACAUUGAGAAGUGUGGAGUCAAAAGACAGCAGCCAAUGACAGUGGAAGAACUCCCUUCAAAACUGUUAUGCACAAACUCUAUUGUGACUGAAAAGGAUUUAAUGCUGGUCGCAAGCAAAAUCGGGCGGCAUUGGAAGCAGUUUGGCAGAGUGGCAUUGGGCAUCUCAACAGUACAGUUGGACCAAGUUGUUGCGGACAACCCUUGCAACCUGGUGGAGCAGAUAUUUGCCAUGCUACGCAUCUGGAGUAUGCGUGAGCGGUCAAAGGCCACCGCCAAACACCUUCACUGCCUGCUUUCUGAGGGUGACUGGGCACUACCCCCUGACGACAUUAAGUUCCUCCUUGAGGGCAGUUGAGGGCUUUACUCAUGCGCCCAUACACCCUGUAUACACAAUGUGUUCACCAUAUGGCAGCACUCCACACAGAGCAGCCCUGUGCUGAUCCCCUAAUGCCAAAGCCAGUUCAACCAGCACAACCAAAACUGAUACAUUUCAGCACAAGUGACUGAAAGUGCUUUGUAUGUGUGCUGUUGAGUCCUUCAGAAUGGUUAUCCACUCAAAAAUUAAGUAUAGUGUUUUUUUACUGUUUUGUAAUUCAGAAAAUUACAACUGUGUUACAACUGUGUUGUGUAUAUAGAUACAUUGAUUUGUUUU